AACAGUUCGAAGUUCAAAUAUAGAUUUACAGAUUGUUCUUUAUACUUAAAAAUUCUGGAACAUUUAAAGUGUGACUUAUCUGGUGCCUGGUGUCAACAAAAAGCAUUUGAGUCGUGCUCUGUGAAAAGGGGGUUUAUUGCGUAGCACGGCCCAUGUGUUUCAUCAGCGUGUUUGAUUGAAUACGUUCAUACCAUAGGUUCACGCAGACAUCAGAAAAAAAUGAGUGAAAUAUCCAGAAAAGUGUUGGCUUGUAUUGUUUUUUUCUUGAUGCUUGCAGUUCUUGGACUUACCGUAACAGUAGUUGUUAUGAAAGUAACGAGCAAAAACAGUCAUGGUGACGAGGAUGGUACAAUCAAAAUGAACCAUUUAGAGAGCUCAAUGUACGAGACUAGCGGUAAUUUCAUUUACAGGGACUAUUUUCUUAGAGCUGAAAAGGUCGAGUGGGACUACUUUCCCGUGGGUCAAAACUUGGCGGAUUUCAAUUCCGAAUAUAUUAAUGACACCCUUGUCAACAAGCCUGAUCGCGUCGGCAGCAGGUACUGGAAAUACGUUUACAAGCGAUACACGGACAGUUCGUACGUCAAUGAGAUCCCUAGAGACAAAUCCUUCGGGUUUGUUGGCCCUUUAAUCAGGGCCGAGGUAGGGGACAUACUAAGGAUCCACUUCCGGAAUGAUAUAUCGAUUCCGGCUUCAGUUCAUCCACAUGGAGUGCAGUAUUCAAAAAUGAAUGAAGGUGCCUUGUAUGAAGAUGGAACCAACGGCUCUUCAAAAAUGGACGAACAAGUUGCCCCCGGCGAAAGUUAUACGUAUUCCUGGAAGAUAACUGCCGGCUAUGCCCCUCGGGACGGAGAUCCGAAUUGCAUCCCCUUUGCUUAUCACUCACACGUGAAUCCUGAUCUUGAGGUGAACGCUGGACUGCUUGGGUUGCUUAUAAUUUGCCGACAAGGUGUACUGGACUCAAAAGGCCAGCGUUCAGACGUACACAGGGAAGUAGUCUUGUAUUUCGACUCCAUCGACGAGGGUGACUCAUGGCUGACUCAAGAAAAUCUCUACAGGUGUGGUGAUCCGAAUGAAUGCCAGCGUUUGUUUGAGUCUGAUGAUCCGGAUUUCAUGGAAAGCUUAAAAAAGGACUCCAUAAACGGUUACAUGUACGGGAAUAUGCCGGGACUUUCCGUCUGUGCAGGAGACCUCGUGGCAUUGUACUUGUUCUCACUGAGCGCGGAACUUCAUCCGGUCAAUAUUCUGGGACAGACAUUCAUUGAACAUGGACAUAGAAAAGCUGUGGAAGGUCUAUGGUCGGCUACAUUUCGACAUGUAGAGAUGGAGGCACGCAAUGUCGGCCGGUGGUUGGUACAAUGCAUGAAUUCAGAACAUAAUAGAAAUGGCAUGAAGGUAUAUCUGACGGUUGAGGAUUGUGGGAAGCAAAUCUCGUCUCAGCUGAACGGGAAAGUCCGAGAGUACUUCAUUAUGGCGGAGACGGAGGAGUGGAAUUAUGCCCCUUCUGGAGUAAACGCGUUUCAGAGUAAUUUGCCGUUGAUUUUGCGGAACUCUGAUUCGGAAAUUUACUUUACCAAGAACUACAAAGGAAAGCGUCUCAUUGGCGGAAAAUAUUUUAAAUCUCGGUUCAACCAGUACUCUGACGUAGGAUUUCGGACAAAGACUAUACGACGUCCUGAAGAGUCUCAUUUGGGCCUCUUAGGGCCGGUGAUAAGGGCUGAAGUCGGGGACACAGUUCGGAUUCACUUGAAGAACAGGUGCCCCCACGACGUGUCUAUGUAUCUACAGGGUGUGAGUCUGGAAAUAACACAGAAUGGCGUCGAAUCAAAGAUUGAAAUCGAUUCCGUAAGCCAUACGAAAGGUAACUUUGUGAAACCAAACCUGGCAAGUACUUAUCUGUUCUACGUGCCCUGGUCGUUUGCCCCUGGUGACAAUGACCCGGAUUGUUUGACCUACAUUUAUCACUCCAACGCCAACCUUGAGCGCGACGUUAGCUCAGGUCUGAUUGGUCCAUUGCUGAUCUGCAAAUCUGGCGCUUUGGACACGGUUACGGGAAGACAGAAAUUUGUUGACAGAGAACUAUUUCUGUUUUUCUCGAGUAUUGACGAAAACAUGUCUUGGCACAUUCGAAGCAAUAUUGCAAUGUACGUGAACAGCCGCGUAAACACAGUCAACAUCACCGAUGAAGAUUUCAUCGAGUCAAACGUUAUGCGAUCUGUAAAUGGACGUUCGUACGGUAAUCUUGAGGGCUUGAAUAUGUGUCGAAAUGACGUAGCAGUGUGGCAUAUUAUGAGCUUCGGACAGACUGAGGGAAACCAUGCGGUCACGUUCAACGGAAACAACGUCAAUAUAGACGGGAUUAACCGCGACUCGCACGUUAUCAUUUCUGGGCAGGCGUUAAGCUUAGAGAUGAAGCCGACCAAUGUUGGCAACUGGUCCGUAUUUUGUCACAAUACCUACCACUUUGACGCCGGAAUGACGGCAUUAUACCACGUGAACACGUGUGGAGAUGAGUCUUACCAUUUCUAUCACGUGACUGGAAACGUCAGACGGUACUUUAUUGCUGCAGUUGAAGAGAAGUGGGAUUACUCGCCGAGAACCAUUCACCCACUGGACGGGUCUAAUUAUUCUCACCCAUCACAUCAUCAGUAUAACAGAGUACAGAAGGACGGGAAAUUUAUAGGUAGUGUAUAUACCAAGGCUGUUUAUAGAGAAUACACGGAUGCUACAUUCAAGCAACAAAAGUCAAGAUCCGCCGAUGAAAUCCACCUUGGAUUGUUAGGUCCUGCCAUCAAGGCUAACGUUGGCGACACCCUUCUCGUCACCUUCAGGAACGACGCGACUCGCGCCUAUUCUAUCCACCCCCAGGGACUACUUUAUAACAAGCGCAAUGAAGGCAUGACAUACAACGACGGCCAAAAUGAUCAUGCUGGUAACUAUAUCGCUCCAGGAUCGACCUUUACAUAUCGAUGGGAAGUACCAAGCUCUUCCGGGCCAACUUCAAAUGGGCAGAAUUGUAUUAAUUUUAUGUAUCACUCCGCGGUAGAUCCUGUGCGGGAUGUGUACUCCGGUCUAAUCGGGCCGAUUGUGAUUUGUCGACCUGGAAUUCUAGAUGAGCAUGGAAAACGCACGGAUUCCGUUGAAAAGGAAUUCUCGUUGCUAUUUAUGGCAUUUGACGAGAACAAAAGCUGGUACAUUCAGCAAAAUAUCAACGAAAAUUGCCCGAAUGCAACCACGUCCACUCCCGAGUUUGAGGAGAGUAAUAAAUAUGAUUCUAUAAAUGCAAGAAUUUAUAACAAUUUGGACGGCCUUAUCGCGAAAUCUGGUGACAAUGUGGCCUGGUAUAUCAUGGGUCUCGGAGAAAACGAAGAUAUCCACACCGUGCAUUUUCACGGGCAUACGUACACCUACCGAUCAGGACUGACACGUGACGGUGACGUCAUUGAAGUGUUUCCGGGCACGUACGAGACGGUGGAAAUGUUCGUGACCGUGCCCGGCACGUGGCUCAUCCAUUGUCACGUUGGGCAACAUAUGAAGGACGGAAUGGUCACAACAUACACUGUGACGGAUUAACUUAUUUGGAGCGUGUAAGCGCUGCGAAGCUGGACUGUUAACGGGAACAAAAGAUGUAUAUCAUUGUUUGACAUUACCAGAUAUUGCAUUGAUGGUGACACAUACCGGUAGUCAAUAAACUCUGUAAUAUUUUAAGUACUCUUGAACAACUGUAACUUAUAUUCCUUUCUCAUAUAUGAAAUAAAUUUUAGCGACAAAACAAA